AUGACCGGCGAACGGAGUCUCCGGCCCAAGAGCCUGCAUCAGGGGAAAGAACGAAAUCCCGGCAAGCGGAUUGAAAGUCGAAAUGAUACACCAAGCAAGCGCGGAUCCAAGCUAGCGAACGGAGAGAGGAAAGAGCGCGGAUGGCUGCAGGGAGUACUUUCCGAGGGCGCAUGUGUACCUUGCGCCCAAAUUGAUGCUUGA